UCGGAUUGGUAUUUCCGAUUUUCGAAAUAAAAGCCCCCCUCCUUAUAUAUACAGUACAUGCACCCACAUCGACAUCAACAUCGAUCGAUCAUAACUGCUAGCUAGCAGCUGCUUGUUUUGAUUGUUAGCUGUUGUUGCAUCGAUAAAAACGAUCCAUCCAUCCAUGGAGGCCGAUAAUGAUGUCAGCACGGCGGCGCUCACCGACGGCGGCGGCGGGCAGCGACACCGGUUCACGUUCCUGCUUCCAUCCCAGAACGACGACGAGGACGCGACGAUGCCGCCGCCGCCGACGUCGACCGACGAUGAGGACGACGAUUUUUCAGUGGACGAUGUCGCGCAGAUUCUGUCGUUCCUUCUCGUGAACGGCGUCAUCAGCGGCGAGACGGCCUUGCUCCUACAAAUUUUAACCGUGGCGCUACACUUCGACCUCGGCGGCGGCGGCGGCGGAGGCCACGGCGAGAACGACGACGAGGACGCGAUGAUGGCGGCGCCGCUGCCGUCGAUCGAUGAUGAGGACGACGACGACGGAUCGCCAUUAUUGGAUCAAGUUCUGUGCUACCUUCUCCUGAACGGCAUCAUCAGCGGCGAGAGAGCCUUGCAGAUACUCCAAAACGCAAACAUGCCGCUCGACCUCGACCUCGACGAUGGCGGCGCAAACAUGCCGCUCGACCUCGACGACGGCGGCGGCUUCCGGGGGGUCCCAGCGUCCGCCGCCGCCGUGGCCGGCCUGGAGAAACAGGUGUUUCAUCAGUUUGAUCACCACGGCGGCGACGACGACGACGACGACGAGGCGAAGGAUAGCGCUGCAGGAUGCGUCAUCUGCAUGGAGGAGUUCGUCGCCGGCGACGAGGUGUGCGCGAUACCGUGCGCCGGGAACCAUAGCUUCCACCACCAUUGCAUCACCGAGUGGCUAGGGCGCAGUAACGUGUGCCCGCUCUGCCGCCAUGCUUUGCCCGUGGAGGAGCAGGACGAGGGCGUUGUCGCCUCCUCAACGUGAUGCCAAUAUAUGUCCGGGAUCGAUUUUCUAAAAAUCAAUUCUUUAUGGGAUGAAGGAAGCACAA